UUUAACCAUUUUUGAGAAGACGAGGGAUCCAUGGCCAAGGCCAAAAAUCAGAACGGCGAAAGCUAAGUAGUUAAAUUAUUGUAGCAGAACCCUAGCCGUGAACGUGCUGUCAGGAGACGGACGCCAAAUGACAGCGCGAAAAAGAAUUUGAAAUUUGUUCUUACCUCACGAAAAAGCUUCUCUCCAGGGCACAGUAGCCCCCUUUUCAGAGCCUUCACACUCUGCAAAUCCAUGGCGAGGACUAAGCAAGUUGCUCAGAAGAAAUCAAAGCGACGUCCAUCUGUCGCAGCCGCUGGACCAUCCUCGCCGGCAUCAGCCUCACCUGGUUGGAGAUUGGCGUCUGCUGUAAGUGCAAGCAGAACUGCAGGAGGUACCCCAUCAACUGCUCAGCAAAAAAGAAAACCACAUCGCUUCAAACCAGGAACGGUGGCUCUUAGGGAGAUAAGACACUACCAGAAAACCUGGAAGCAUCUGAUCCCUGCAGCCAGCUUCAUCAGACAAGUAAAAGCUAUUAGCCAGAACUUGGCUCCACCAGAUAUUAAUCGCUGGUCAGCUGAAGCAUUAGUAAUAAUACAGGAGGCAGCAGAGGAUUUUUUGGUUCAGUUGUUUGGAGAUGCAAUGCUAUGCGCAAUUCAUGCAAAGCGUGUUACACUGAUGCAAAAGGAUAUUCAGUUGGCACGACGGCUUGGAGGGCUAGGGCGACCAUGGUGAGAUAGAUAAUUAUAACACAACCAACAUUCUAACCCAUCAUAGCGAUGCACUAGUAAAUUUGAUUAUUAAUCAGUCUGCUUUCACAUAAUUCUUAGAAUGGUUGUAGAUCACCUUGCCCUUUCUUUCCCCUCUAAUUGAGUAGAGAGAAGAAAGUUUUCAUGAGGUGUGGUUCUUAAUGAGUUUGUUACUUUACGUAAUUGUACUUUCCAGUACAGAAAUGAGAACAAACGAUCAGUUUCGUGAAGGCCUUCAAGCCUUUGAUCCUUUCAUUUGUUAAGGGCACAAUGAUCUUUACUCUUUGGGGGUCUUCCAGUGAUGAGGAGCUUUUAAACUUCAUAUCAAAGUUCUUGGAUAGAUUUUAAUUGAGACUGAUGGGGAGGGGAUUCGGAGAAGGGAGGUUAUCAUAUUUUAUGCUUUGAUUGUAAGUGCUGUGUUUUGUUGUGUCGUGACCAUAACUAUAGGUU